AUCGCCCCAGGCCGACAUCACAUUCCGUUUCCUCCGUUUAAGUCGGGUGCCAUCUCAUCACAGCGUUUGCCGCGUUCUUGUCUUAUCAUCUCAUCCUCAAUCAUGGACUCUCUCACCAUCGUUCGCAUGCCGGUCCCUGUCAUCCACUACCCAGACUCGCCGGCCUCUGCAGGGCCUUCACACAUGCUUCGUCUCGCCCACAAGCGGUCACAACCGUUUCAUCAGCACGCCGCCCAUCGUAAAACGACCGCUUUCUCUGCCCGCCGCCAGCACAACGUCAGCGGAUCACAAUCUCACCGGCACCGUAAUGUGAGCGGCACGCGGCGUCAGCACAAUAUCAGUGGCACGCGGCGCUAUAACAACGGGAGCGGGACAUACGCACGCCACCGCAAUGUCUUCGGCCCACCACCCCCGAUUCACACACACCUCCCUUCUCCUCGGAGGCGACACCAGUCGCUGAUCAAGCCGUUUUUGGUCCGAACGCCGCGCACUCCGCCUUCCUCCCCGAUGCUUGCCCGCAUGCCCGUGUCCCCACGACCUCCAAGGCCAUGGACACCGCUUCUGAUCGCCGACGAUGCUGUGUCAGUCCGCUCGACGCGGCCAUGCUCUCCAGCCUUUGGACCAGCCCACCCUAAAUCUCAGCGCCGGAAACUGCGGCACGCGGUGCGCUCGCUUCUGGGCAACAUCAUCAGGCGGCAGCGUGAGGACAUCGACGAGGAGGACGAGGACGAGGACGAGCCCCAACUGCUCGGAUUUACCGGUGGCGCCCCGCUGCGCCCACACCGCUCCCCCGGCGCUGAAAGCUUCCACGCUACCUCGGGACGUGUCGCACUCGAGCCCACGCGCUCGUUAUCUCCACCAGUACGCAUGAGCACCAUGGCCGUCGACGACGAUCACGAUUCGCCAAUGCACCCACAUCUGAUCAUGCGACCGCGUACACGGCGCCUCCACGACCGAUUAGUGAGCCGAUUUUCGGACUCGAGCGAGGACUCGGAGAGCGACGGCGUCUCGAUCUUCAGCUUGAGCAAGCACGCCAAGCAAAUACAUCCGCUAAUGCGUGGGCGCAAAUGGAGCUCGGCGCCGAGUCUGACGCGCAGUACGCUGCGCGCGCUCAGUGUAUCUCAAGGGCGGCGGGGAAAGUCGCUCGAUCUGUAGCUAUGACACGAGGCUUAUGACAUUUUUACGACGAAGUGUGUACGUGGGGUGAGGCGGAAGCGUCGCUCAGCGUUCUAGCUGAUCAUAUGGAGUUCUGCGAAAGCGACCUCGGGGAUGUUAAGUUCACGCAUCAACUCGCAAGGGAUGAUGGCGCCGAGCGCGAUCAUUCGUCUCAUAGUGCCUUGGUGCCAAAUUCGUCCCCGCUUGCCUCUCGACUAUAAUAGUUGCGGGGGUCUCAUUGAGGGCUCAUACACAAACACACAGCCUACUCUGCUCGGUCCCGUUAGGAGAGGGAUAACUUGGAGGGUCGUGUGAUAAAAAGACAGGCGCGUGUGGGCUGCG